AGCUUCAACUCGGAGACGGCUCAAGGAGUAAGAGGAUCUGCUCGCCUGUCAGUCGCUACCGGAGGGGGGACACGACCGCUUAUUCGUUACCGUCAACUGGGGGUGGCGGCCAGCUGCGGCAACAUGCACGAAGAGUCUAAACAAAGAAGAAUGACCAUGGAUUUUUCCCAACUGCACACAUACACGCCGCCACAGUGUGCUCCAGAGAACACCGGCUAUACCUACUCUCUCAGCUCCAGCUACUCAACGGCAGCGUUAGAGUUUGAGAAGGAGCACCACAUUGCUCCGGUGUACGAGUCGCCCAGGAUGUCACGUCGGAGCCUGCGUCUGCAAACCGUUGCCGGUCACCAUGGCAACGACAGCCUUAUGGACUACACCCAGAGCCAGAGCAGCUACACCACCAGGAAAGAGUCACGGACCCUGCGGAGCCGAAAGCUGCAGUCCAGUUCCAACGCCAUGUCUUUCUCCCUGAGCCAAGCCGGCACGCCGAGGAAGAACCUCAGCUUCUCGGCCGUCAGUACGCCGAUAAACAGCAGCACAAGGGUGGAGGAAAGCAACGCGGCGUUUGACGCCAGCCGGCACACGGGCACCGGGGACCAGGCUCGGCUCAGCCAGCGCACCAUCACUACGACCACAACCACUAUGACGGUCGACGGCAUCCGGGGCAGGACGUCCCACUCCGAGCUCAGCUCGUCGAACGUCAACGGCGACGCCGGCGCUUCCAAGUCCCACGCGACGCUCGCCAACGGCUACAUCUGUAAAGACUGCUCGUGUCAUUCGCAAACGAAUGACUCCCUCAUCACACACCGAUCACUGACAUCCUCGUCGCCAUCAUCACACGCGGAGGAAAUGUGCACGGAUGCCCUCUCCUACUCGUCGUCACCUUUCACAAGCGUAUACUCCCGAGACAGGAGUCGGAAGAGCAAGACAGGUGUCCUAACUUCGAUGUCGAAUACGUGUGUGCGCCUGAGCAAAAAAGUCCUGGCUCCGUUUGUCUCGAUCGUCACUAUGCUCUACAGCAGCGUGCUCUGGAUGCGCACGCAAACCACGAGCGGCACGCCGGGAAGAGCGGGCGUCUUUGCAUCGUGUACGGACACCCUGAGACAGACGGCGUCCUCCAGUCUGUCUCAAAUGUGGCUGCUCAAACGCAGGGUGACGGGCGACAGAUCUGAAGACUCUCAAGUACAAGCUCACUCGAGUUAUUGUGGGAGCAUGAAUGUCAAAGAUCUGGUGACAGAAGACUCAUCGCAUCUCAAUCUCAAUGGUUCCUUAUGUGAUGACUGUAAAGGGAAGGAGUACUCUGAGACACACACCGUCCUCCUCACUCAGUCCUCCAGGUCUCGGCGCCUGGCGGGGGCGCUGUGGAGCCUUCUGGCUUGCACAGGUUACUACCUCCUCCAGCCGGGUCAUUCUGUGGUGAGAGGUGCUAAAGCUUUGGGCUCAGGUGUUGGGACGCUGACACAGAGACUCCUCACACUGCUGUGGACAAUUCUCUCAGCUCCAGUGAAGGCAGGCCGGGGUCUAAUUUGGGUUCUUGCCAGUGGCUGGUACCAUCUUGCCUCCCUCAUCUCUGUUCUCAACGUCUUCUUUCUGACACAAUGUCUUCCCAGACUCUGGAAGCUCCUGCUGCUUCUUCUGCCGUUACUGCUCCUCUUAGCUUGGGGGUUGGGGGGUCCGCCGGCUGCCGUGCUCCUUGGCUACCUACCGGCCAUAACCCUCACAGAGUGGCGACCUUCCUCUCCCAUCACCUACCUUUCGAACUUGAUGCCAGCCUCUGCUCCAGUUUCUGUACCUCCUGCAAAACUUCCCCAGACCUCUGCUCCCGUCUCACAGAUGCCGCCAAUUGUAGUCCCUAGUUUGGACUUGGAGCGCCUGGAACGUCUGGAACGCCAGCUAACUCUGCUGUGGCAGCGAGUCCAGCAGAGCGACCAGAAGCAGGAGCAGCAUCACACGGACAUAUUGGCUCUGUACUCCACCCUGAGGGAGAAGCUCCACACCGAGACAGACAGGGAGACACUGGGACUGUGGGUGUCAUCGCUGUUGGAGCAAAAGCUGGGCGUGCUGCGCGGAGAGCUGACAAAGGACCAUGCCGUCCGAGAGCAGAGCGAAGAGCAGCUCAUAGCGCUUCAAGGGAGUCAAACGACGCGGUUAGCUGAGUUGGAAUUGCUACUCAGCGCUCUGGCUGCCAAGACUGAGGCGGUGCAACAGAAGCAGCAACAAUAUGAACUUGACAAAGAGAAAAUGAAAGUGGUCGUCGCUGCGGCUGCAGACGCACCUCCUCUUAGCAAUGUCGGUGUGGGGCAGGAGGAGCACGAUGCGUUGCAGGCUGAGGUGCAAAGACUUGAGCUGGACUUGGGAAAAGUCAGGCAGGACCUGCAGGGCGUCAUGGGAUGCAAGGGCAAGUGUGAGCAGCUGGACUCGCUGCAGGAGACGAUGUCGGCUCAGGUUUCCUCCCAAGUACGCAAGGAGCUGCACGCUCUGUUCUUCGGCAGCAGCUCGUCCGGCGAGGCUCAAGGCGAAUUGCCCGAGUCUCUGGUCGUCUGGCUGUCCCAGCACUACGCGAGCACGGGUGACCUGCGGGCAUCACUGGUCGCACUGGAGCACAGCAUCCUGAGCAACAUUUCCCGGCAGCUGGAGCUCACCCGCGCGCAGACGCUCAGCGAGGCAGAGUCCAAGGCCACGUCCGUUGUUGGCACGGUGACCGGCACGGUGCAGAGCGUUGCUUCUGCUGAGUGCCUGUCAGAAGAGCAAGUAAAAGUGAUUGCCCAGAAUGUGCUGAAGCUCUACUCGCAGGACAAGACCGGUCUGGUGGACUAUGCCCUGGAAUCUGGAGGUGGUAGCAUCCUCAGCACCCGCUGUUCAGAGACGCACGAGACCAAGACGGCCCUCAUGAGUCUGUUCGGGCUCCCGCUCUGGUACUUCUCCCAGUCCCCUCGCGUUGUCAUCCAGCCUGACAUGUACCCGGGCAACUGCUGGGCGUUCAAAGGCUCGCAGGGUUACCUUGUGAUCCGGCUUUCCAUGAUGAUCCGGCCCACGUCCUUCUGCUUGGAACACAUUCCCAAAGUGCUGUCCCCCACCGGGAACAUCAGCAGUGCCCCACGUGACUUCACAGUCUUUGGUCUGAAUGACGAGUACCAGGUAGAAGGCGAGUUGCUCGGUAACUACACCUACCAGGAGGAUGGAGAAUCACUGCAAAUCUUCCCUAUUAAGGAGCCCACGGAGAAGACUUUCCAAAUCAUGGAGGUGCGGGUGCUGUCCAACUGGGGACAUCCCGACUACACUUGCUUGUAUCGCUUCAGAGUCCACGGAGAGCCGCGGCCUCAGUGAACCAACCACCACUAGAGACAAACACACUAUACAAAGAUAACCAUGGACAUUUGUACAUAGGCAAAGGUGAUCUGAAGUUCUCCUGGAUGUUUAUAAAUAAGCGAGCGAAUACUACAAGGUGUGGAUUGUUUU